AUGGAUAACGUGCACAUAUUGCGAGAUAUUAACUCAAAAGGAUAUCGUCUUGGAAGUACUAGGGAGAUGGAGCUUGAAGAAGCUUUACGUGAUAGUUUUAGUGCUAAAGCACAUAUUGUACCAGUUUAUACUGACGCACAGAGUAAGAAUACCAUCACAUCUAAAGAAGCAGUUAACUCUACACCCGAGUUUUCAGUCAAAGGCUGGCUUACGCCAAAGACCAAUAUAUCCCUAGAUGAUAUACAUAUAA